GCACCAGGGCAGGGCCUGGUCUGGGAUGGACCUUAGGGUCAAGGGUCUGGACUUCUUCCAGUUGGUGAGAGAAACAGUGGAAGGCUCUCAGCAUUUUGGGCUCUGGAUGCAUUUUGGGACUGGAGGGGAGAGUAUAGAGGCAGGGAACCUCCAUCCAGGGCUCUGCAGGGUCCAAGCAGUGGGUGAAAGGUCAAAGUAAGUGGUGGGAAUGGUGAGAGAAAUAUUCAGCAGACUGCAAAGGACUUAACUGUGAGCUUGGCGUGGAGUAUCAGAUAACUCCUAGGUCUUUCUGCUUGUUGAGGUGGGGAAGCAGGUUGGAGGAUCUGUGGAUGGUAGUGCACACGUCCUCGUUGGAGAGAACAGUAAGAGUAGAUGCAGUGCUGGGAAAGCUUAAGGGAGAAGGGGGGAGGUGGGCCACAGCUGCCGUUUAGGGGACCGGAAGAGGAGCCUGAGGAGGAGACACGGAAGCAGCAGCCGGAGAAGCAGUCGGACGAGUCCCGUGCGGUGGCCUCCAGGUCCUCUGCUGCAAAGCGGUGUGGCCGGGGUCGAGGCUGUCCCGACGAUGGGCAACGCGCAGGAGCGGCCGUCGGAGACGAUAGACCGCGAGCGGAAACGCCUGGCUACCGGGACCGCAGCUACGAUCCUCCGUGCCCGGGCCUCUGGACGCCUGAGGCACACGACUCAGGACCUGCAUGGCCCGGGCUACCUAGAGCUGCAGACCACGACGAGACCGGGGGGCCUGAGGGCUGCGAGACGGCACAAUCCGAGAUCCCCGAGGACCCCGAGUGCGAGCCGGAAGCCGAGGCCUCCGAAAGGGCUGAGCCGGAGUUGGAACCCCAAAUGGAUCCGGAACCCGAGAUGGAAGCAGAACCAGAGACCGAAGUGGAGCCGGAGCCCGACCCGGAGCCGAAUUACGAGGAUGAGUAGGAAGAUUCCUGAAGACCAGAGCGUUGACUGGCCUCUCUCCACCCAAACUGGACAGGACCUCAGAUUCUGCUUGGGCUGGACAGAUGCCACAGAGGCUUUGUCCUGCUCACCGCCAUUGGAAGUGAAUAAACCCUGGAGGGUCCACCAGGGCUGGGCUCUCCCCUGGACUCUG